CCUCCUCGGAGCCGGCUAGUUCCGGGACCGGUUCGGAAGGAGCCUCCGGGAACGGACGGAGUAGCGGGGCGGAGCGGUGUUUGCAAUGGCUGCUGCUGUGAACUUGGAACUUGAUCCUAUUUUUUUGAAAGCACUUGGCUUCUUACAUUCAAAAAGUAAAGAUUCUGCAGAAAAGCUAAAGGCACUACUUGAUGAAUCUUUGGCUCGGGGCAUUGAUUCAAGUUACCGUCCAUCUCAAAAGGAUGUGGAGCCACCCAAAAUUUCAAGUGCAAAAGCUGUUUCUGUUAAGCAAGAGCCCAAAACAUCCUCCAGUCUUCCUUCUGGCAAUAAUAAUGGCAAAGUCCUCACAACUGAAAAAGUAAAGAAGGAAGCUGAAAAGAGACCAGCUGAUAAAAUGAAAUCAGACAUCACUGAAGGAGUUGAUAUUCCAAAGAAACCUAGAUUGGAGAAACCAGAGACACGGUCCUCUCCUAUUACUGUCCAAACUAGCAAGGAUUUAGCUAUGGCUGACCUUUCCAGUUUUGAGGAGACCAGUGCUGAUGAUUUUGCCAUGGAGAUGGGAUUGGCCUGUGUUGUUUGUAGGCAAAUGACGGUGGCAUCUGGAAAUCAAUUAGUAGAAUGUCAGGAGUGCCAUAAUCUCUACCACCAAGACUGCCAUAAGCCUCAGGUGACAGACAAGGAAGUGAAUGACCCUCGCCUUGUGUGGUAUUGUGCCCGAUGUACCAGACAAAUGAAAAGAAUGGCUCAAAAAACUCAGAAACCACCCCAGAAACCAGCCCCCACAGUUGUUUCUGUAGCUCCAGCUGUCAAAGAUCCAUUGGUUAAGAAACCAGAAACUAAACUCAAACAAGAGACAACUUUUCUAGCAUUUAAGAGAACAGAGGUCAAGACAUCCACGGCUAUUUCAGGAAAUUCUUCUAGUACCAGUGUUUCUUCUUCAGUAGCUAGUGGCCUAACUGGAUGGGCAGCUUUUGCAGCUAAAACUUCUUCUGCUGGUCCAUCAACAGCAAAGUUGAGUUCAACAACCCAAAACAAUAGUGGGAAACCAGCUACCUCAUCAACUAACCAGAAGCCUGUGGGUUUGACUGGUCUGGCGACAUCAUCUAAAAGUGGAAUAGGUUCCAAAAUAGGUUCCAAUAACAACACUGCACCCACUGUACCCUUGAAACCACCUCCACCUCUAACUUUGGGCAAAACUGGCCUUAGUCGCUCCGUUAGUUGUGACAAUGUUAGCAAAGUGGGUCUUCCUAGCCCGAGUAGUUUAGUUCCAGGAAGCACCAGCCAACUCAGUGGGAAUGGAAAUAGUGGGACAUCAGGGUCCAGUGGAAAUACCACUAGCAAAACCACUUCAGAAUCAAGCAGCUCUCCCUUAGCAUCCCUUAAAGGUCCAACUUCACAAGAAUCACAGCUCAAUGCCAUGAAGCGAUUACAGAUGGUCAAGAAGAAAGCUGCCCAGAAGAAACUCAAGAAGUAAUCUGGCCAAGAACAAGCUUUCACAUUCUUCAGUGAACAAUUAUAUAUUGUUAUUAUGCCAGCAAUUUUUAUAAAGAAAUAAUUUUAAAGAAAGGUAAGAAAGAAUCACCCAACUGCUAUUAAUAUCUUGUAUUUCUUCCCUUCUUUCCUUCCUUCCAUCCUUCCUUCCUCCCCUCAUUCCUUCUCUUCGUCCUUUCUUUUCUUUCUACCUACCAACCUGAAGUAACAAUAAACAUGGAAUUGUAGUAUACAUAAUUUUUGCAGCCUGCUUUUUACUUUAAAAUAUAUUUGAAAAUCUUCAUGUCAAUAAAUAGUUCUCUAAUGCCUCAUUUUAAUGACUGCUUAUAUACAUUAUAUUACAGCUUGAUGGUUCAUUUUGAAACACUUUCUAAACAAUGACAUACUACACAUGUAGCAUUAUCAUCAAAAAUAGUUGAAACAUGUAAAGAUGAAGGCCCAGAGAGUGAAUUUAGGAUUA